AUGAUAUAUUUCUGGUAUUCAUGGUACGCAUAUAUAAAAAAAUGUGUAAUUAAAGGAAAUACACUUGGAAGCACAUAUAUUGCCGAUAACAAACGAUAUUCACAAGGAUGCGAAUUUUCUGAUUGCUAUUGUGACAACAAAAAAUUUGGAUCUGGUUGCACCACGAAAAACUGGGAUGAAGAACUGGAUCAGAAUUAUAUUCAUACUUAUUAUGCAACAGCAAAUUGUCAGGCUGUAAGACCUUAUCCAAGAAGAUCAAAUACAUUUGCACCAACACCUUAUCAAACAGCUUUUCAGACACCAUUCUUGACAGCAGCGAAGACACCAUUCUCAACACCAUUCGGAACAGCUUUCAUGACACCAUUCAGAACUAUGUCAUCAACACCUUUCAACACAGAAAUAGCUACACCUUUCUACACAGAGAGUGUCACACCAUUCAACACAUUUUAUAUGACACCAUUCAGUACAGCACACGAAACACCUGUUGUCACACCAUUCAACACACAUCAAACAACACCAUUCGAGACACAAUUCAGUACACCAAAUGACACUCCAUUUAAUUCGAUGUUCGAAACACCAUUCGACACAUGUUCCUCAACACCAUACGAAACAGCUUUUGAAACACCAUUCCAAUCUGCAUUUGAAACAGCAUAUGAAACACCAUUCCAAUCUGCAUUUGAAACAGCAUAUGAAACACCAUUCCAAUCUAUGUUUGAGACUGCUUAUGAAACUCCAAUUAUUACAGAAGCAGAGACAGCUUUCGAAUCUCCAUUCGAGACAGUUUUCGAAACAGCAUCACAAACAGCUCUCGAAACAGUAUAUGAGACACCAUUUGAAACAGCAUUUGAGACAGCAUAUGAAACUCCUGUUCAAACAGAAACAGAAACAGUAUAUGAAACGCCAUUUGAAACAGCUCAUGAAACUCCAUUUGAAACUGCUUAUCAAACACCAUUCGAAACAUCAUACGAGACACCAUUUGAGUCAGCCUUUGUUACACCAUUCAAUACAGUUUUCGAAACAGCUCACGAAACUCCAUUCGAAACUGCCAUCGAGACACCAUUCAACACUGCAUCAGAGACAAUGAUUAUCAUUGCACCAGAAACAGCCUUUGAAACACCAUUCCUUACCUCAUUUGAAACCCCAUAUGAAACUGCCUCAUCAACACCAUUUGAAACAGCAUUCCAAACAGCUGCACAAACAGCUUUUGAGACUCCAUUCGUUACUGCUUUUGAAACAGCAUAUCAAACAGCAUUCAAGACUCCAUUCGAUACUGCAGGUCAAACAAUGAGUGAAACACCAUUUGAAAGUGCAUUUGAAACACCAUUCGUUACUGCUUUUGAAACAGCUUUCCAAACUCCCGAAAUCACACAAAAUAAUGUUCCUCCAAUCGAUCCUCAACCAUCCGAAAAUGAAGGCGACCCAGAUAAACCAACAGAAAAACCAUCCGAAAAUGAACCAGGAAAAUCAUCUGAAGAAGACUCAGAGAAUCCGACAGAGAAGCCAACAGAAAACCCAUCUAAAGAUCCUGGAAAUGCACCAACUCAAACAGCAAGUUCUUCGAAGAGCAAUGAAAAAGUUCAAGAACAACAAAAGUCAGAAACAGCAUCAAAGAGUAAAUCAUGGAUAUACAUCUUGAUUGGUGUUGUUUGCGCUCUUGCAAUCAUUGCAAUUAUUGUUACUGUGCUUAUAAUGAAAAGAAAGAGUUCUGAUUCAGACUCUCUUGAGAGCGAUCCAGUUGAUGACAACCCAGAAUCACAAGUUGUUAAUACUGUAAUUGUAGAUGACGAAUUUGAAGAAGAAGACAAUAACACGGCUAUCUUCAGUUUGACAGCUUCGAUCACUGGAGAAAAUGAUCCAUUCAAUGUUGGCUCAGAUUUUGAAACAGAUGAUAUUAAUGAAAAUUAUGUAUUUAUAUAA